AGUGAGGGGGGGAGGGGGAGUAGGGGGCAUCAAUGAGCCUGUUGAUCUGUUCAGGACGACCGGGCUGAUCUUGACGCUUCACUGGUCGGACCAGCACAGCCCUAUUUAAGCAGGUGAUCCACUCCCAUCUUCAGUCUACCUCAGUGACACCUUCCCAGCUCCGCUGCCAUGAUUCUGACCGCCGCUCUCCUGCUCCUUCACGUGACGCUCGCUCAACCAGAGGACUUCUGUUACGACGACCCUCAAUGUGACCCGUACGCAUGGGGAGACACGUACCCAUCCUGCCAUCCAAUACUUGAAAAACUUCACUCUCCCAUCGACCUGAACGCAGACUUGUUGCGAGACACGUCGCUGGAGAGUUUACACCUGGAGGGAUUCGACGCCACCCAACCUGGACCGUGGACUCUGGAGAACAAUGGCCACUCAGUGGCGCUGCGGUUUGCUGGCGGUAUGUCGGUGAGCGGCGGAGGUCUCCCCGGCGUUUACCACACCAUCCAGAUGCAUUUCCACUGGGGAGGCCCAGCCACCAACGGCUCAGAGCACACGCUGGAUGGACGCAGAUACCCGAUGGAGAUGCACAUUGUCAACAUGAAGUCCAUCCACCCCAACAUGUCGGCCGCGCUGGACGAUCCUACGGGACUCGCCGUUUUGGGGUUCUUCAUUGAUGUUGUGUACGGAGAGAACGUCCAUUUCGGCCACAUCUCCCACAAACUCUCCUCUGUGGCGUACAAAGGCCAAGUGACCACAGUCAAGCCCUUCCCCCUGCUGAGCAUUCUGCCCAGACACAACAUGAGCCAGUAUUACAGGUACCACGGCAGCCUCACCACCCCGCCCUGCUCUCAGGUGGUGCUCUGGACCCUCUACGAAGUCCCCGUCUACAUCUCCUGGACUCAACUGGCCCACUUCACCUCGCAGAUGUUCUCCACCGAGGAGGACGCAGAGCAGGUGACUCCUCUGCAGAACAACUUCAGGUACGUCCACCCGACGUUCAGCCGCAGGGUCUCAGCCUCCAGACACGCCAAGGUGCUGGUGAGGGCGGCGAGCCCGCCCCCCGAGGCCGCGGGGGCUCUGGUCCACGUGACGCUCCUCAUCGUCUCCACGGCGGGCCUGGUGUGAUGCAGACAGACAUGAUGACAAAUGGAUGAAUAAAUAAAUAAGUUUGCAGCUCACUGUUCGUCUGAGUUCUGUUUGUCUCUGUUCUCCACUCAGGAAAUCAAAUGUUCUAUGUCAUAUGUGCUCUGCCCUCUAAGAGGCAUUGCUAUUGGUUACCUCCAUUCCGCCUCGCGCAUGAGAGCGAUGUGAUUGGCUCUCCACCCAGGAAGGCUCCACCUCUCCCCAUCCGACUCCAUGCUCACCUGUCUGCAUCCUGAGAGUGGAUCAUCCUCAUCGGAUGCUUGGAAUCAUGGAGGCUUUGAACGCACGUGCUCGAGCGCGAAAACUUGAAAUCUCUUAUCGCACAUUUCACUCGUACGAGUAUAGAAGAUAACGUGGAACUUUUAGAGAGUAAACUACUAUAGCGAAUCCUUUUACACUUUCCUCAUAUUGAACUUAGUAAUUAGUUUUUAAAAAGUGAUCAAAAGUGACUUUUAAUGAAUAAUGCAUUUCAUUUUGCUGUAUAAGCUAAAAAACUAUGUGAAUGAGAGGGAGCCAAGUGGACAGGCGAAGUUACAGGAUGCAGAGAUAAAUAUAUAUAUAGAUACUGAGGCUCAACUGUCCAGGGCCAUGGAGAGUGUGAGAAUGAGGUGAAGAAGCGGGUGCAGACAGGAUGGAAUCAUUGGAGAAAAGUGUCAGGUGUGAUGUGAUGAUGACAAAAGGCAAGGAUGAAAGGGAAAGUGUCCAAAAGGGUGGUGAGGCCAGCAAUGUUGUAUGGUUUGGAAACAGUGGCACUGAGGAAAAAACAGGAGGCAGAGCUGGAGGUAGCAGAGAUGAAGAUGCUGAGCUUCUCUCUGGGAGUGAGCAGGAUGGAUAGGAUCAGGAAGCAGUAGAUCAGAGGGACAGCACAUGUGCUCAGGUGUUUAGGAGACAAAGUCAGAGAGGCUAGAUGGAGAUGGUUUGGACAUGUACAGAGGAGAGAGAGCCAGUACAUUGGUAGAUGAAGAUGUUGAGGUUGGAACUGCCAGGCAGAAGGUGGAGAGGAAGGCCAAA